CCACACUGAUGAGGAGGACAAUGCCCGAUAUAAACAGAACAGCUGCUAUACAAACACUUACUUUCUACGGGACAAAGAGCGACUGUGCUGUCUGGUGUCGUUGAUCUCUGGUGUGUGUGUUCUUGCCUCAAUUCAACAGCCCCCAGCACGACGAUGAUGGAACGCAAGCUUACCAUCCUGUACGGCAGCCAGUCCGGCACGGCGCAAGAUCUGGCCGAACAGAUAUGGCGCGAAUCGAAGAUGUACUUCUUCCGCGGGAACGUUCUUCCGAUGGGCGAGUACGACGUUUCGGAGCUGAUCGGAGAACGGUUUGUGGUGUGCGUCUGUUCCACCUACGGCCAGGGCGAGGAGCCUGACAACAUGAAGCGCUUCUGGAAGUUUCUGCUCCGCAAAAGCUUGCCCAACGAUUCCCUGCAGCAGGUACACUUUGCCGUUCUCGGACUCGGCGAUUCGCGCUACCCGAAGUUCAACUACGUAGCGAAGAAGCUACACAAACGUCUGCUGCAGCUCGGCGGAAGUGCACUGCUGCCGGUUGGGCUGUGCGACGAUCAGCACGAUCUCGGAUAUGGGGCCGUUUUUCUGCCCUGGAUCAAUCAGCUGUGGGAUGAGCUGGGACGUAUUGUGCCACUGUCGGCCGGAACGCACAAGCUGCCCGAAAGCCCUCGCGAGUUCCGAUGGCAGGUGGACAUUGCAAAUGAAGGGCAUAUAACGAAGAACAUUAGUCCGGACGGCAUCGACCUGUAUGCGGACUUAAAAAUGCCCAACGGAUUCCAAACGGUGGUGGUGGAAAAUCGACGAACAACGGCAGCGGAACACUUUCAGGACGUUCGGAUGAUAACGUUCGAGAAGAAGGCGGUGCCUUGGUGUUCGGGCGAUGUGCUAUAUGUGAGGCCGCACAAUUCGAAAGACAGCGUGGACCAGCUGUUUGAAAUAUUCCACCAGCACGAGUUCGGCCUGGACAAGCAUACAUGUGUGCAAGUGAAAGCCAUUGAUUCCGAAAUGCCGGUACCAUCAAUUCUUCAAAAGCCCCUACCGCUGGUUGCCAUUGCGGAACAGUACUGGGAUUUAACGGCCAUACCGCGUGCGAGGGCAUUUGCCGUGUUGGCCAAAAACUGCUCCAACGAGUUAGAGCGCGAGAAGUUGAUCGAGUUCAGCCGUUACGAAGGUCAGGAGGAACUGUUCGCGUACGCUAACCGACCGAGAAGGACGAUUUUAGAGGUGCUGUUGGAUUUUCCACACGCUACCAAAAGUCUCACGCUAGAGGCACUGUUUGAGCUAUUUCAGCCGAUCAAACCGAGGGCAUUUUCAAUCGCCUCCGCCAUGGAAAGUGGUAAGCUGCAAAUCCUGGUUGCCGUGAUCGAGUACAAGACAAAGCUGAGCGUUCCGCGGCGUGGAUUGUGUUCACACUGGUUAAAAGACCUGCAACCUGGAAAUAUGGUAAAUGCAUGGGUACGAAAGAGCACAUUCCAACUUCCGGCCGAUAAUAAAACUCCUUUGGUGAUGAUCGGUCCAGGUACGGGUCUGGCACCGUUCCGGGGCAUUCUUCAGGAAAGAGAACUGUCCGAAACGCCUACAUCGGCACCGUUGGUACUGUUUUUCGGGUGCCGCAGCUCGACUGCCGACUUUCACUGCGAGGAGGAUCUGAAACGCAUGGAACAGAGUGGCAUGCUGCAGUUAUUUUGUGCAUUUUCUCGCGAUCAGCCGGAGAAGGUUUACGUGCAGCAUCUCAUAAAGAAGGAGAGUAUGUUGUUGAAAAAACUGCUGAUAGAGAACGGUGGAUACAAAUCACCCUUCCUGGAACCGGUGCGGCUCACACCGGCCUGGGAGGAGAACAAUCUACCAAACGAUGAGCUCAACUUCAGGGGGAUGACGAUGGAGCGGGCCAAGAUGGAGCUCAACCCGCCCCGGGACAAGCUGCGACUCGUCUUCCUCACGCUAAUGAUCCACGGCGUGGGUACGCUAAUGCCUUGGAACAUGUUUAUCACUGCCAAAUCCUACUUCGUAGACUACAAACUCAGUCAAAAUUACACGGGCGUCGAGUCGGAGUACGCCACGUACUUUCUGUCGUCCAUCGGGUUUGCUUCCCAGAUCCCGAACCUUCUGUUUAAUUGGCUCAAUAUUUUCAUAAACCUUGGUGGCAACCUCACGAAACGGAUCGUUUACAGCAUUCUCAUCGAAGUGCUGGUGUUUGUCGUAACGGUGGUGCUGGCCAUGAUUAACUCAUCCGAAUGGCCCGGUGCAUUCUUCUGGAUCACGAUGACCACGGUGGUCAUACUGAACAUGGCGGGCGGAAUUUAUCAGAACACAGUGUACGGUAUGGCGGCGAAGCUUCCGUUCAAAUAUACCGGGGCGGUCGUGCUCGGAUCCAACAUUAGUGGCACGUUUGCGUCCAUCAUCUCGAUCCUAAGCUCACAGUUUGCAUCUUCGGUCAGGACGGCCGCAAUCUAUUACUUCAUUACUGCGAUGUUUGUGCUGCUGCUGUGCUUCGACACGUACUUUGCACUUCCGUUGAAUAAAUUCUACCGCUACCAUGAGCUGCUAAAGGAGAAGGAAAUCGAAUCGAACCAGCGUGCGAACGCGGGCGCCCGCCCACCGUACUGGACCAUCUUUAAGCAAGCGUUCCCGCAACUGUUCAACGUGUUCUUCGUGUUCUUCAUUACGCUGGCCGUGUUUCCAGCCGUCCACUCCGACAUCAAGCGCUCGGACAGCAACUUCAUCAUCGGCGACGAUCUGUUCGUGAGUAUCUGCUGCUUCCUGACGUUCAACGUGUGCGCCAUGCUCGGCAGCCUGCUGACGUCCUGGGUGACCUGGCCCAAGCCCAAGUACCUGGUAUGGCCCGUCCUGCUGCGGGCCGCCUUUCUGCCGCUGUUCCUCUUCUGCAACUAUCAGCCGCUCAACAUUACGCGCGUCCUGCCCGUCUACAUCGAUAACGACUGGGUGUACUGGGGCAUCGGGAUCGUGAUGGCCUUCACGUCCGGUUACUUCAGCUCGCUCGGCAUGAUGUACACGCCGCAAUCGGUCGAACCGCAGUACGCAAUGACGGCGGGCAUGUUUGCCGCCGCCAUGCUGAUUACCGGCAUCUUUACCGGCAUCCUGUUCUCGAUGGUGUUCCCGAUGGUGGUGCAGUACAACUUCCUCGCCUGGCUCCACUAGGCCUGGCAUUGGGGAAUGGGCGUCUACGACGGCUACGUCUCGUAACCGUACUAAUGGCGUAUCCCAUUCCCAUAGCAACAACAGACCCACGCUGGGCUGAUCAUAGUCGUUUGAACUGUGGGUUCCGUUUCUAGAUCAUCUGCAAAAACCUGUAUCACUUUGUUCAGAAUGAAAGAAAGCUUUCAAACAGUCUGGAUAGUAGUAGAUGGAUGAUAGACAGAGGGGAAGUGGAAAUCACUACCGGGUGAGAUAUAGUUUCGCACAAAUUAAGCGUUCAAGAUCUGGUUUUCUUUGCGAGUGUUUGCUUUUUCUUUUUUUAUUAUGCAUGCUUUAGCGUCGGGAGAAAUUCUCACCGUUUUGUACUUUCGGUAUCUGUGUGGACUUCUGCGGUCUGCAAAAACUGUACUACGCCGCUUCUACACGACAGCGCAAAUUUCGCGUUUGCGAAAACCGUAUGCAAAACUCUACACAACAAUUAUAGCUCACAAACCCAGAAACCAUGUGUUAUUUGGUUUCAUUUUGGCCAACACCAAAUUUUACGCUAUCGUGUAGAAGCGGUGUAGUACAAAACAUUACUUUGUGUUUUUGAGCGUUUAUGUUCAUUAUUUUUUUUUUUCGUUAAUUUUAUCAUAUUGCAUUGUAUGUCAUAUGUCAUUCACAUCAACACGUUCAGUGUAUGCGUCCUUGCACUGAUAUGUAUGCUCUUUAAACGAUGAGAACAGUUAACAAUUGCAUCAAAGUGCAUCGUUUUAGUCUGAAAUUAAGAGUCAUAAAUGUUGAUCGCUUUAAUAAUGGACCCAAACACACACUUUAACAACCCAAUUAUGUAUUUGAACAACAAGUUAGUCAACGAAACCGGUUAUGUUGCAACGCUCUUUAUGGUCCAAUUUCGGUUGACGGAGAACGCUGUUAAACUCAACAUCUGAAAGGACAUUGCUAGAGCUCUGCGUACUGUUACAGAUUUCAAGUAAUUUUAGUUUUUAAGUAUAUGUUUAAUAAGGUGAUUGCGUUAUAAAGAUGCGAGAAAAUUAUGCCGCCAUCACGAGAUGCAGUAAAAAAAUACCUACGAUGAGUAAAAACUUUCUCUAUAUUUAUACAGCCCUCCAUCAUACUGGAGACAUCAGCAUUUCAAGAUCAUCGAGUCAAUCCUUUUGGAUAUUGCAACAUCAGCUCAGAUUUAUUGUUUAAUAUCCAUUUCAUGGAUGUAGCUUUAUGUAUCGAAAAUGAUGAUGAAACUAACGAAAGAUGUUCUCAUUAAAAGACCUUCUACUGGAGAUAGUGAUUGAUUGGAUCGUAUUCUCCUCGAUAGGCAAUCAUUCAGGAAAUCAACAGCUCAUUCGCUCUUUUACGUUUAAUGUGUUCCUUAGUCACGAGCUUUGGCUACAUUUAAUUACAACUCAAGCAUCGAAAGAUGUCACAUGCGCAAGCAAAAAACUAGCAACCGUCACUUUAAACGUGCGUGACAAAAAAGUAACUAAGUUUUGUCUUUAAGUAUAAUGCUAAGAGCAGCAGCUCAACUUGAAGUAUAAUUUUUAGUAGUAAGUAGUCGUCAUCAGUCUCGCAGACCACGAAAUUUCCAAAUUACACUGUUAAACUUGCUUUAACAUACCGGAUCUCACAGGACCAAAUGUCAAUAUGAAAAUUCACUCAAAAACAUGGAAUGUAGACCAAAAACAUAAAUGCGAAACAGGCAAACCACCUAUGCUGUGUGCCGCAUUGAUUUACUAAACAGAAAUGGUUUUAAAAUGAGGUGAUUUUAUUUCAAAACCUGUUAAUGAUGAUCUUUUUUUACCCUUUUGUUGUUGUCUAAGUUGUAACAUGUACCAAGAGCAAAUCUACAAAUGAUAGUCACCGUUUCUUCACUGUUAGACUGAUGAUUUCUGGUUUUGUCGUAGUAAACUAGUGUUUAGUUUAUGGUUUAACAUUUUUACAAUUUUGCAAACUGUUUUUCUAAUCUAAAACUGAUAUGGGCGCCAAAUUGCACUAAGAUUACGUUUAGAGUUUAAAUACGUUUUAAUAUAUCAUUUAAAAUUUGUGUGCGCUUGCAAGGGUUGGGAUUUAUUUCGAUUGUUUGAAGCAACUGACUAUUCGUUUUCAUUACUUUUUAGAAAUAAAAUGCUUGAAAUACAUACACUCA